CUAAUGCAAAGCUUCGUGUUGCCUUAUUCCAUUUAUUGAUACACAAGCCGAUCGUAAUUGCCUAUUGAUUAUCAUGCGUAUGAUUGACUGCGAGCAGCCAUCGGGGGCUCGCUCUUCGCAAAUGACUUUUUCCGCCACGAUUCGUUUUGCAUGACCCCUCCUCACCCUCAGCGUAUUUCAUUUCAGUAGAUAUCGGAUCUUCACCAUUUACACUUCAUGCACAUUUCCCACAACUGUCACCUCUUGGACUGUUGAAAUUGUCUUUUGCAGUGUUUUCAUCAUCAUCAUCACCAUCAUCAUCUUCUUCUUCCUGCCAACAGGUGGCCGCGAGCUCGCGCGUGCACGCGGACGCUACUUUGAGGGUGCUGAAGAGGGGACUGCGUCUCUCUCUCUCUUUCUCUCUCUCUCUCUCUCUUUCUCUCCGCCUCGCUGAUCUCUCUCCACUGCGCUCCCGAUCCAAAGUCAUCAGCGAGCAAGUCGUGCUCGAGCGCGGCGGUCCAGCAGCGGUUGCGACUCGCUUCCAAGUGUCCAAGGAGCACGAGGACGACAGGGAUGAUGGUGCCGCCGAUGAAGAGAAGGAGGAGGUGGAGACGGGCGUGCGCGUGACAGAUGCCGCGUUCAAACACGUCCUCCUGUGGAUAGAAUCAAAUAAAAAGAAGAGAGUCUCUAUUUCCGCUUGCCCGCACGAAGUUCCCAUGUGCAACAUUGACAAGACGACGUCUACCGGGCCGGCGGCGUCUGUUAGCAUCCUUUAGCUCGGGGCGUCAUGUCCCAGCUCUACUACCGGCGCUCGAACAGCUCGUCGUACCGCGACCGCAUCCCUCUGAGGAUCGUGCGGGCCGAGUCGGCGCUGUCGACGUUGGAGAAGGCCUACCUGGGAGCCGUGGAAAAGGGCGACUAUGCCAGCGUCAAACAGGCCCUGCAGGAGGCGGAGAUCUACUUCAAGAUCAACAUCAACUGCAUCGACCCGCUGGGCCGCACGGCGCUGCUCAUCGCCAUCGAGAACGAGAACCUGGAGAUCAUCGAGCUGCUGCUGAGCUUUGGCGUCUACGUGGGCGACGCCCUGCUGCACGCCAUCCGUAAGGAGGUGGUGGGCGCCGUCGAGCUUCUGCUCAACCACAAGAAGCCCAGCGGCGGCGUGCAGGUUCCUCCCAUCCUAUUGGACAAGCAGUUCUCUGACUUCACGCCCGACAUCACGCCCAUCAUCCUGGCGGCGCACACCAACAACUACGAGAUCAUCAAGCUUCUGGUGCAGAAGGGCGUUUCCAUGCCGCAGCCGCACGAGGUGCGCUGCAACUGCGUGGAGUGCGUGUCGAGCUCGGACGUGGACAGCCUGCGGCACUCGCGCUCGCGCCUCAACAUCUACAAGGCGCUGUCCAGCCCCUCGCUCAUCGCGCUGUCCAGCGAGGACCCCUUCCUCACCGCCUUCAGGCUCAGCUGGGAGCUGCAGGAGCUCAGCAAGGUGGAGAACGAGUUCAAAUCGGAAUACGAGGAGCUGUCUCAGCAGUGUAAGGAGUUUGCCAAAGACCUGUUGGACCAAACCAGAAGCUCCAGAGAACUCGAGAUGAUCCUCAACUACAGAGAUGACGUCAACCUCCUGGAGGAAGAGGGCAACGGAGACCUGGCUAGACUCAAGUUGGCCAUCAAGUACCACCAGAAAGAGUUUGUCGCGCAGCCCAACUGCCAGCAGCUGUUAGCGUCACGCUGGUACGACGAGUUCCCGGGCUGGAGGCGGCGCCGCUGGGCCGGCAAGUUCCUGACGUGCGUCUUCAUCGGACUCCUGUACCCGGCGUUCGCUCUGUGCUACCUCACGGCCCCCAAAAGCCGCUACGGGCUGUUCAUCCGCAAGCCUUUUAUUAAAUUCAUCUGUCACACGGCCUCCUACCUGACCUUCCUCUUCCUGCUGCUGCUGGCCUCGCAGCACAUCGUCACCACCGAGCAGGACCGCCAAGGCCCGGCGCCCACCACCGUGGAGUGGAUGAUCCUGCCCUGGGUGCUGGGCUUCAUCUGGGCCGAGAUCAAGCAAAUGUGGGAUGGUGGUUUCCAGGAGUACGUCCACGACUGGUGGAACCUGAUGGACUUUGUCAUGAACUCUCUGUACCUGGCCACCAUCUCCCUCAAAAUCGUCGCCUACACCAAGUACAGCGGCAGUAAGCCGAGGAACCUGUGGGAGAUGUGGCAUCCGACGCUGGUGGCCGAAGCGGUGUUCGCCAUCGCCAACAUCUUCAGCUCCCUGCGUCUUAUCUCGCUCUUCACGGCUAACUCCCACCUGGGACCCCUGCAGAUCUCGCUGGGCCGCAUGCUACUGGACAUCCUCAAGUUCCUCUUCAUCUACUGCCUGGUCUUGCUGGCUUUCGCCAACGGACUGAACCAGCUUUACUUCUACUACGAAACCAAAGCCUCGGACGACAGGAUCAAGUGUAAAGGCAUCCGGUGCGUGGAGCAGAACAACGCCUUCUCCACGCUCUUUGAGACCCUGCAGUCUCUCUUCUGGUCCAUCUUCGGCCUGAUCAGCUUGUACGUGACCAACGUGGACGCCAACCACCAGUUCACCGAGUUUGUGGGCGCCACCAUGUUCGGCACGUACAACAUCAUCUCCCUGGUGGUGCUGCUCAACAUGCUCAUCGCCAUGAUGAACAACUCCUACCAGCACAUCGCGGACCACGCCGACAUCGAGUGGAAGUUUGCCCGCAGCAAGCUGUGGAUGAGCUACUUUGAGGAGGGGGCCACCCUGCCGCCUCCCUUCAACAUCAUCCCCAGUCCCAAGUCUGUCUGGUACCUGGCCCGCUGGCUCAAGGCACGAGUCUGCCCGGACGACGGCGACGCCCACCAGGACACCAUCGGCACACUCGGGAGACGAGCUGCGGAGAACCUGAGAAUAAACCAUCAGUACCAGGAGGUGCUGAGGAACCUGGUGAAGCGCUACGUGGCCGCCAUGAUCCGAGACGCCAAGACGGAGGAAGGUCUGACGGAAGACAACUUUAAGGAGCUGAAGCAGGACAUCUCCAGCUUCCGCUACGAGGUGAUGGGCAUGAUGAAGUCGGGGCGACCGGUCCUGCAGGGUCCCGCCGGCAGCCCACCCGAGUCCACCCUGGCUUACCCCAACGCCUCCUUCAAGAUAGCCACUUGCGCCCCACCUAAGAACAAAGCCAGCCGCUUCAAGAUGGCCGCCUCCCUUCUCCAGCAUGUGGCGUCCGCCGCCCGGAUCCCCGAAGCCCCUAACGGGCUCCCCAACGGCGAUGCCGGAGACUUUGCCGUGUUCCACAAACGACACCUCGGCGGAGGUUGCCGCCACCACGGGUAUGAUCUUCGUCAAGUCGGGCCCACAGAACUUUCCAGGAAAAUGUAUUCUCUAUCGGAGGAGUCGGAGGAGGACAAACCGGGGGGAACCGGUCCGGACGUCAGUGGCGACGUCGGUAGCGUGGCGGUGCAGGAAGACGAGAGCACAGCCUGAACUUUGACACAUGCGCCAGUCGACGCUCGUUGACCUUCGACAAGAGCCUCAAGGAGACGGAGGCGGUUAAUUUCCAACCACUGCCCUAGCUCAGUCCAGUCCAGUUCAGUCUCACACGGGCGGCCCGUGGUUUUCUGUUUACGAAAACAUGAAAGAUGAAUGGCUAAAGAUUUGCGCCCGGCCACACGUUCAAUGAAAUCCCAAGUGUAGCAAGUGUUUGCUUGUUAGCUUAAAUGCUAACUUUAUGCAAGAGGCCCAAUCGCAAUGUUCAUGUCAUUUGAAUCCCUAAAAUGGACUCCAAAGGAAGCUACUAUUUAUCAGUAAAAUAUUAAUAGUGCUGUUAGCUAGGAUGUAAACGAGUGAGUAUACAUAUAUUUUUGGGAAAAAAAAAUCGACAGCUCAUCUCAGGGUAAGUAUUGUUAGCUGUACAAGCCUCUCAAACAAAACAUUAACACUUAGCUGGAACACUAACAUUCUGCUGCUUAAAAGUCCAUAAUUUCUUUUUUCAUCCCUUAAAAAAAUGACAGGCACACAGCUACUUUAUCCUAAAAAGCAAUGCGGCCAUCCAAAUAUAUUUCAAAGAUGGACUGUUAAAUAAUCUGUAAACGAAUGCCUUUCUGUAGUUAGCUGAAAUGGUAACAAUAUGCUAUUGAAGCGAGUUGCCUCAAACAUUCGUUAGUGUAGCACAAAUCUUUUGUUGGUAUUUUAUCUUUUUUCAGAUUGGGAAGUGAGCCGACCAAUCAACGCAAAGCAAGGCAAAAAAUAUAUAAUUAAAUGUAGGCAGAACUGAGCGAAGCGCUUGGUGGAAUCAAGAACUAUUUUCUUGGAGACUCAGGGAGACAUUUAAGUGUUUUGUUAAGUUAGCAUGUUAGCAAUUAGCCAAAAGGUUUGCCUCUUUUUUUGUGCACUUUACACCGAUGAAUCGAUUUCCUCGAUUCCUAUUGUCCAUCGCUGGUUUCUAUGCAACCAAAAGAUGGGAGGCCACGCUUUGGAUGCUGACCACAAGGGGCGCCCUUUCCGAAACCAAUUAAAGCAAGUCACUCUGACUCCUCACCGUUUGAGUCUUUACAAAUGGUGAAAAGUCUUGAAUAGAAACUUGAGAAAAAAAUAGCCCUGAACUCACGCAGGAA